AUGGCCCCGAUUAUCCACUGCGUCCGCCACGCCCAAGGCCUGCACAAUGUUUGCACCGCCAACCACGUCAUCCAAGACCCCCUCCUCACUGAUCUCGGCCACGAGCAAUGCCAAACGCUCCGCGACAACUUCCCCCGCCAUGCCAACAUCGACCUGGUAACCGCCUCGCCCCUUCGUCGCACCCUCUAUACUGCGCUCGAAAGCUUUGCACCUGUCUUCGAGUCAAAGCCGGACUUGAAGAUUAUUGCCCUGCCUGAUAUUCAGGAGACCUCAGACGUUCCAUGUGAUACUGGCAGCGAACCUUCCGUUCUGAGGGAGGAGUUCAAGACAGGAGUUGAUCUUGAUCUUGUGCAGGAUGGGUGGAAUAACAAGUACUUGGUGUACUCACAUUUAUCUCUCAACAAGUUAUCUGGUCGUUACGUCCCAACCAACAAAGCCCUGAAGGAACGCGCUCGUGCAGCCCGUCGCUGGUUGAAAGCCCGGCCCGAGAAGGAAAUCGUCAUGGUCACACACGGCGGGUUCUUGCACUAUUUCACUGAAGACUGGGAAGACAGCAGCCAGUUCCAGGGUACUGGCUGGUCCAACACCGAGUACCGUACUUUCUCUUUCAGCGAGGAAACACACACAGACGAUUUGGAGGGAUACCCACUGGAUGGCGAUAAUGCCUCACUUGAGGAGACAAUUGACUCACGGCAGCGCCGGGGUAAGACUGGACCUAUGCCCAGCCGGGAAGAACAAAAGACGCUGUAUAAGAAGGGCACCCAGGGCUGGGAUGACCAGGGAUUGCAGAUGAGCACUGCUGAUCGGGAGGCGGCUAAGGCCACUGGAGGUGAGGAGGUCAAUGGAGUCCGGGUAUGAACUGGGCAGUGAACAAAAGUGUGAUUUUGAUGGACAUUGCCAUUGUACUUUUCGGUUGUCGCCGAUUGCGACGGGUUACAAAGAUAGAACCAGUAUAUACAUAG